UUUGAUUUCAGUAUGCGCCUCCGGUGCCAGACUGCGGCAUUUCUGCUUUAAUUUUUUUUUCAACUUUUUCUAUGCUCUGCGUUUUCAGCUUAUUUUCGCUUUUGAGUUUUGCGCGCUAGUGCUUUUGCACAUAUCCAUUUGCUUGUUGAGCCGCCAUAAAGGCGAAGCGACAGCGUGUGCGCCGUUGUUGCUGUUGUUAUGUGUUUGGAUGCGAACGAGUGUGAAAGCGGCGAGGUAUUUCCUGCUGUCGCUAUAGCGCGAGAAAUAAAAGUCACAAAAAAUAAACAAUAACAAUAAAAACGACAUCGGCAGCGACAAAGACGAAGGUGAUGGCGACGACGAGAACAACAACGACAACAACAAUAAUAACAUAAUAUUAACGACAACGGCAAUCUGGCAGUCGAAGUGAACUUUUGUUCACGGCACGUACAGCCGCCAGCGCCAGCGACAACACACGCCAUCAACGCCGCCUUCAUCAUUCGCAAAGCUACCAAACAAAGUGCCAAACUGACGCCGCGACUUUGCGUGGACAAACCGAAAAAGCAAAGGAAAUUGAAGGAAAGCAAAGUGUAGCGCGGUAGACGGAAGUGUGUUGAUGGUGGUGUCGGCGGUUGUGGUGCCGGUCGUUUUCAGGGUCGCGACGUGAGGUGGGGUAGAAAAUAUUGCAAAAGGGCAUGGAAAAUUUGCGAAUCGCGCAUGGAGUGUGGAAUACGACAAAGAUACUUCACCACCACGGCGAAGAGCAACAACAGCAGCGAUGUUACGUACACACAACAUCAUGUAAGCAACAAAAGUGACAGUAGCAAAGGAGCGCGAAAUAGUGGUAACUGAGUCAGCAGCAAACAGUCAGAAGCGGCACAUAAACUCAGCAACGACUAACGACAGCAAAACCCAUCAACGGUAUACACGGAUCCCAACAAAAGCAAUAACGACAGCAUAACAAAAGCAACAACGGUCAAAAAGCGCGUGCAACGCAUAACGCUAGCUUCGGAUAGGACUGUGUAUAUUCAUACACACCUACUUGUAUCUGUAGAUGGGUGAAGCAAUGGAAGGAGGCCUGAGCGCAGACACAUGCGGCGCUUCGAUCGACUAGCUAACUUGAAUAUAUCUGUGUUGUUGGGGCGCAGGAACGCGACAGCUGCAAUUACUGCUGUUUGAAGCCUUCGUCGCCAAUAACGGGAGACCAUUCACAUUCACUAUGCUGCAUUGGCUUUGACGCUUCGCUAGCCUUGAUGUUGUUUUCUGUGUUUUCGAGGGGCAGUGGAGGCUGGUGCGUUUGUGGUAGUUACGGUGCUGAUAUUGCUUUUAGUAUCACCGGCAGCAGUAUGUUUGGCAACGAUGAUGUGUUCGUUGUUGGCGGCAUUGCUUGUCUCCAGCGAGCGAGUAAAUUGUACAGCUGCGGGUGUCGCAUAUGCAGUCUUUAUACAUACAUACAUAUGUAUAUGUUUGUCCAUACAUACAUGGGAUGCUUGUGUACAUACAUACAUACAUAUGUACAUACAUAUCUUUGAGGAAUGGGGAUUGGUAUUGCUUUUUUACUCGGCACCCUUCUGACUUCUCCAGACCCAUUGGAUGUGGUCUUCUAACGGCAUGUGCACAUACAUACAUAUGUACAUAUGUAUGUAUAUGCGCACUUGUAUGUUAAGGUAAUGGAAGGUGAUAUUGUCGGUACCUUUCCUACACAUCUUAAGUGCUUUCAUGUGCAUAUGUACACUAUAGAAACUUACAUAUUAACCUAGUACAGUUCUACGCUCAGAAGUGCGUAAUAUUCGCUAAAAGUGGUACCGUGUUCGUCCAGACGCCAUUCAUUGCGUCCGCUCGCACAUUGUCUAGAAAUCGAAAGUAAAAAUAAUACUACUAAUUUUCGUACGAAUUUAAAUACUACCAAGCUUAUGUUUCAUAUUCAAGCUCAAACAACAAUGCAAAAUGAUGCGAUUUAUUAUUUGACCUUGCAGCAAAGUUUACUUUCACAGUAAGAAGUUUUAUUAUUGUAAGCAUAUAUACUAUAUAUGUAUGAAGAUAAAGAAUUUUAUAAUUAAAACCAAAAAGUUUGAUUAUAAAUAAUUUCUUCCGUUUCAUCAAAAAUACAAGCCCAACAUCUUUAAACAUGUAGGAAAAUAUACAUACAUACAUAUGUACAUAUAAUAUAUUUUUGGUAUAAUAGCUACCUUAUUUAUAAUAACCUCUGAAUUUAAUGCAAACUUGGUAUAAAUUAAUAUUAAAACAACUAAUAAUAAGUUCUGAGUUCAAUCUGACUCCCGCCAUCCCUGCAUAUCCUUGCCAAAAGCAUGAACUUUAUUUGUGAUGCGCGAUUUUCUCAGCGACUGCGCAUCGUUUACUGGGACAUGAUGCAAUGUAACAAAUAUUUUGGGUGUAUUGAAAAAUCAUCAGUGUUUAUACGUUCUUUUUCCAUCCCCCGUAUACUAAAUAUCAAUGAUUUACAACGCACCUCUUAUUUUGUAAUAGGAUAUCUACCUGUAGCACUCAUGUAAAUUAUAAACUCUGGCGGCUUGAGCUACUUUUGUUGAGCCAAAUUUUGUGCCAGAAAUGCUUCCAAUUGGUCCACUUUGCCACCUGCAUGCGCCGAUCUGCAAGCGACAUAUUCCAGGAGUUGUUGUUUUUUAAUAAAUUUGUGUUUAAUUUGGCGAGUAUCUUGUGCCAAUUUACCUAAGCGUUUUAAGUUAUUUGGCGCUUUUCAGAUGGUUUACGUUAGUAUAGAUGAAUAAGAGUAUAUAGUAAGUAUAUACAUAUGCAUGUACAUAUGUACCUAUGUAUGUACAUAUACAUAUGUAUGUAAGUCCUUGCUGAAUUUUGUGUGCCGUGUUGUAGUAUAAAAUUACUUUUGCAAAAGUGGUCCACCCAACAGUCAAUCGUUGUCCUGUUCAAAUUCCCCUUACUUACCCCCCGUCAAGCCAUUCACAUGUUCGUUUUAGGCCUUGUCGAUUCUCUGCAUUGAAGCGUGUCGUGCGCUUUUGUUGUGGCUUCCUUCAUCUCGCCUUCGCCUCCUUAUUCAACACAUUCACUGUCGUCGCCUACAUCGCGAUGAACGUGUCAAAUUAUUCGCCAGCUGCAUCUGUUCUUUGGCGCGCAACUAGGCGUCGUUAUCGUCGUCGCAGUCACUUUGCUUACUUAGCGCUCUGCGCGCAGCAAACGCCAUCAUCAUUAUCGCCGUCCUCAGUUCCGACGUCCGAUUCACCGUUUCUUUUUUGCUCUUCGCGACCCGGCGGCUGGUACUCCAAUUUUUCGUUGUGUGUCAACAUGUACACAUACAGCGCUUACGUAUGUACGUAUUUAUGUAGGGAAAUGUUCAAGAAGGGUGUCAUUAUGUGUGUACGCUUGUCGUUCGCACUAUCGUGCUAUUUGCCAUACACCAAUCUACAGCUAAGUGUUGCCUUCGCUCGCUAACCGUCUGGCUGUAGGACUGUGUGGCCAGCCGAUAUAAUUCGCUUUGCUUGGCAAAACCUCCGUUUGGCGGUGCACGUCUGUCCAACCGGCAGACAGUUAGCGAUUCAGCGACCUAAGCGGCUUUGGCUCCCCUGCCGCUUUCAUCAGCAUUUCGCCUUUUUAUUGUCGGCUUGUGUGUGCCUGUCUGGUCGUCGGCAGCGUUUACUGCUACUUUGUCUUGCUUGUAUACGGCCCUUCUUUCAUGCGUUGCGCUAUUCGCAGGUUGGUAAGGUUUUGUUUUAUUUUAUUAUUUUCCCACUUGAUUUUGUUUUUGAAAAAUCGCUGCCGACAUUUUGCUUUCAAUUCGAACGCAGUGCUUGCGGCCGGGAUGUAGUUAGCAGGCAGCAGUCGUAGCCUUCGUGGUUGUUGUUCAUCAUUGACGUCGCUGCGCUCACACGCUCACUGUUCACUGUUCACUCAUGCACAUUGUUCUACCCCACUCCAUCGAUCCUAUAUGCCGUUGUACCAUUCAGCCUGCUAGCUAACUGGCCGUUCCGAGAGGCAGUUAGGCGCUCAGCAAUCAGUCGGAAAUGAACGUUUCAAUCAGUCAGCAGGUAACGAAGUGCAAAACGAAUCAACGUUUAAAACUGGCGUCACAAAACGGCUUUUUACUCAUGGCACCAAAGAAGUCUACAAUCGUCCUGAACGUUGAACAAUUUAUACGCGACGUUCAAGAACGGCCUGCCAUUUGGAAUCGUAAUUUCCAUUGCAACAAAGCAUUUUUAGAACAAAUGUGGGAUGAGCUGUCUAGCGCACAUAAAUUGCCCAAAGUGGUGCUCAAGGCUAAAUGGAAGGGUCUGCGUGAUAAUUUUCGUGUAGAAUAUAAACGCAUUCCGCGCUCGGAACAAGGUGAUUUCCUAGUGGAACCCGCCACAUUUGAAUCGAAAUGGCUACACUAUUAUGCUUUGCUGUUUUUGACUGAUCAUAUGCGUCAUCGCAUGCCCAAAAGUGAGCCGGAUCAGUCUUACUACUUUACGCAACAAAGUCAAGAUUGUGAGAAGACUGUGGUUGAACCUGACCUCACUAAUGGGCUCAUACGUCGCAUGCAGGACAGCGAUGAAGAGUUCGAUGAGGACGAUGUUGAUGAAGAUGAUGAUGACGUGGCAAUACCAACGCCACCAGCCGCUCAUACACAAACUGUGACUUCCAUAAAAACCGAGGAUGCCCGCUCAAUUCUAAAAAACGCUGGCGUACUACUACGAGCUGCACACCUUUUAGAUGAUGAUGACGAGAAGGAAGCACAAGAUUUGUCCAAGAAAUCCAUGGAAGCUAACAAUAAUAAUAAUAGUGUGAAUAAAAAUUGCAACAACACCUUGUUGACUAGCAACGGCAGCUCGCCCUCUUUGCUGAGCGCUUGCAUGGGCAACAUAAUUACCACCAUUGCACAAACAACCACCUCCAUUACACCACCCUCAACACCCAACUCCAGUAUAGUCAGCGCAGCAAGUGUGGCGACCAAUUCAAUGGCAGCCGCGACACAACAACACAAAAAACGCUCUGUUUCACCGCCACCACUGUACAAUAAAGCACACCAUCCACCCCCUACAACUACAUCCGCCGCAUCCGCACUUACCACAGCUGUGGCCGCAGCACUAAAUAAUGAGCGCGAUGAGUUCUCUUUAAAUGGCAGCAGCAGUUGUUUACACGGCAGCCACGAACACUUGAAUUUCACCAAGCACUCAUAUGCGAAUGGGUUAAUACCGGCGCUUAAGUUGAAACGUCCGCGUUUGUCGGAGGAUAGCAAUUUUAAUGGUUCAUCAACGAUGGACAAUACUGCGCCGAUUGUGCCAGAGGAUGACGAUUAUCAUUACCUGCUGAGUUUGCAUCCAUAUAUGAAGCAGCUGACAGCGGCGCAAAAGCUGCGCAUUCGCACCAAAAUUCAAAAGUUAAUAUUCAAGGAACUCUACAAAGAGGAUUUGGAAGAAACCAAAUAAAUCGUAACGUUGUUGUUUAUAGUCAUAACAGAAUUAGUUGCUCAUUUAAUUGAAAAUUGUGAAGACGACUUCUUUCUUUUUAGUUUUGUAACUUUAAAGCUCACUAUAUAAGACUGUAUAUAUACAUAUAUGAAUACUUGGAUGUAUUACUUAGUUGUAAGUGUACCUACAUACAUACAAAAACAGAUAAUGCUACAAUGUGUGGCAUCCCCACUAUGGGGAACUCAAUCUAAAAAUCUAGUUUUAACGUUUUCAAACGUUAUUUGCUUAAGCCAGAAAUAAAACAUGAAUUUGUGCUAAGAAA